AUGACUGAUCAACAACAAAAACCAGUUAAAACCGUUUUCAACGAGGCAAUCAAAGCUUUUAAUGAUUUGGAAAAUUCCACUACAAGACAUGAUUCAGAUGAGUUCAAAUUGCAACUAAAAGAAGUGACACAAAAUUGGUUAGAUUUAAAAGGAAUUGUUCAUAGAUUAAGUUUGUUUAGUAUUAAUGAAUCGCUUGAAGAUUUAGCCACUAGUGAUAUCAAAUAUUUAGGGAUUGAAUAUUAUUUAGCUCAAUUAUACUCACAAAAUUCUGAACCUUCUAAAAUUAAUAAUUUAAAGAAAUCUAUAUUAUUAUAUUUACAAUUUUUGAAGAAUUUAAAUAAUUAUGAAUUAUUAGAAAAAUCAAAUGUUGAUAAAUAUGAAAAAUUAAAAAAUGACCCUUUUGAAAUUAAGACACUUCAUGAUAGUGCAAUGAUUAGAAGAGAUGAAAAAAUUGCAAAUUUUAAAUUAGAAAAAAUUUUGAAUAACAAAUUAGAAUAUUUAAAUAAAUUAGAAUCAAAUGAAUUAGAAUUUCAAAAUACAGAUGAAGAUGAAAUACGAUCAUUAUAUUUUGAUCAAUUAAAAUUCUUCACAUUGAAAACUUUUGAUAAUAUAAGAUUUAUAACUCAAGAAUUAGAAAUAUUACAAACAAUUCCAGAACGUCCAAAAAUUGAACAGCUAGAGGAUGAUGAUCGUGAAGAAACCAAGAAGAAUACAUCAGGUUAUACUGAGAAUUUAGAAUCUUUAAAUCAAUCAAUCUUAUCUGAAAAGGGGAAAAUUUUAAAACCUUUUACAUUAAUGAAGAGACAAGACCUGAAUAAUAAAGUUUAUGGAACAGGUCAAUAUUUACCAACAAUGACUGUAGAGGAUUUCCUUGAACAAGAAUUAGCAAAUGGUGGAAUGGUUACUGGUGGUGGUAAUGAUGGUGAUGAAGAAAGUAGUGAUGAAGAUGAUUUAGAAAAAAAUGAUUUGGAAACUUAUAAAGCUAGACAAUGGGAUGAAUUUACUGAAUCUCAUGCUAAAGGGAGUGGGAAUACUAUAAAUAGAGGUUAA